AUGAUAUCUACAAAGAUUUCGCUGCGGCGGCGUGCUGCUGCUGCUGCUGCUGCUGCGCCCCCGCUGCUGCUGCUGCCCCCUGCUGCUGCUGCUGCCCCCGCUGCAGCAACGGGGCGCCGGCUUGCUGUCGACGGCAUUGUCUUCGGACUCGUCGUCACGAAAGAAGGAAGCGACACUUGCUGCAGCAGCAGCAGCAGCAGCAGCAGCAGCACGCAUCAAACGGCCGAGGCAGCAGCAGCAGCAGCAGCACAGGACAAAUGGCCCAGGCAGCAGCAGCAGCAAAUGGGCGAGGGAGCAGCAGCAACACAGAGCAAAUGGCCGACGCAGCAGCAGCAGAGGGAGAGUGGCCUCUGCAGCAGCGGCAGCAGCAGCAACACAGACAACAUGGCCCACACAGCAGCAGCAGCAGCAGCAGCAGCAGCAGCAGCAGCAGCAGCAGCAGCAGCAGACGCAAAAAGCGCCCAACUCCCGAACGAAAAAGCAACCACCCAAUCGGGCUGCGGCUCGGAGAAGAUGUUGGCCUUCAGAAACUCUGUUUCAGCGUUUUGGAGAAAACCCUCGGCGCAAAUUUCCUCCACAAUUUCGUAA